UGCCCACCUGUAUCUGCAACCUGCAUUCUGGAUCCUGUGACAUAAACUGCUGCUGUGAUCCUGACUGUAACCUUGGCUGUGAUCUGGGGGACUCCAGGGCUGCCUUCUCCUUCUGUCUUCCAGGCAGCACCAGCAAAGUUGAACUAUUUCCAGGAGCCGCAAAAAGUUAAAAAAUCAGAUUUCUCGGUGUUCUUGGCACAGUAUGGUGGACCAUCAUUCAUUCCACCAUCACAAGACCAGCCAUCUUCUUCUGCAUUUUACCGGGCUGGUGAUCCAAUCCAGACCUACUUUGCUGCAUCAUCUGUACUGAGCACACUAAGACAGCCAGUGGGAAUGGGUGCCAAUGGACUUUGUAUUGAUGGGAAUCCUGCUGGUUUCCUGGAGAGUAAAAGCACAAGCUGUACUCGGACCUUCACCAACCUGAGCAGCAGCUGCACCACUGAUCCUACCCUGGACGCAGCCUCAUAUUACCAUGACUUCACUAUACUAAAGGUCCCAGUUAACAUGACCGUUGUCCAGUUCAUGCAGGUGAGAAUCACCCCUGUCACACAGCCUGGAGCUCCCCAGAUGGAUGGCAACACCUGUCACAAUGUUGUUUCUGAGGUGAUCUAUGAAAUAGAGUUCAAUGGGACCCAUGGAAUCCAGAAUGUCUCUGUCCAGCUUAAAGUGACCAGUGUCUCUGGGAACUCUCUGCAGCAGCGGUUCACACUUCAGUUCUGGAGCAGGACCCCUUCGUAUACCUUGCCAAGAAGUGGAAACCCUGGCUAUAUCAUUGGGGCACCACUCUUGUCUCUAAACAGUGGUGCCAGGCAGCAAGUAACUAUCUUACAGAGCCAGGGUGAUGGAAUAUGCUCUCAGACUCUCAGGUACAAGGUACAGUUUGGAAUGAAUGUGAGGACAAGCUGCCAGCUCAGCAUAUCCCAAACAAUGGAGGAUGGAAACUGUAGCUACUUUCAGGAGAAGCUGUACCAGGCCCUCCAAGGGGUGAGCAGCCCACAGGCUCUGGCCAUAAUUGGCAGUGCUGAGCCAACCCAGACAGAUCAGUGGACCAGCAUCAUUAUCCGGAACUGCAGCAUGCAGGCUGGGAAUUGUGCCUCCUGCUGUAUGGUUCCUGUGUCCUUGAAGAUCCAGGUAUUGUGGGCUGAGGUGGGCCUCCAGUCCAACCCACAAAGUCAAGUGCUGGGAGCACGGUAUUGGUAUCAGUGUCAGUCUCUGAAGUCCCUCAGCAUGACCAUGGUGCCUUUGACAACCGUUGUUGCCUUCACUGACACGACAGAAUGGCCAGAGCCUCCACGUAGCCAGCCCAGCACGUAUUGGAAACUCCCAUUUGACUUCUUUUUCCCCUUCAAGGUUGCAUUGAAUGGGGGGAUAAGCUGUCAAGGAGACCUGGCUGGUGCUUUCCUGAUGUCUCUCACAUUCUGCAGCAUUCUCAGUUUCUGAAGAGAAUGAAGUCUGGUGCUCUGCUCCUCAUGACAACAUUUUUGCCCAGAUAAUACCAGAGAGCUCACUCCAUCCUGUUGUAUCCUGGUGUCAUAUCUGGUGCUGGUUCCUCACUUGGGUGAGACAAUAAAAGAGACAGUAACCUAAAUGAUUCCUCUUUGUUCUUGUGAACAGCAAAGAAGGUGUUUAUCUGACAGCUAGAAAAGGCAGGUUUUUCAGGGAAUCCUGUUAGUGUAAUGGUACAGUCAGAAUAUGAUGCAGACCAAAGACUCUUUUAUUCUGUUUAGGUUCUCAUCCUGUGCCUAUCAUCAUGCUAUCCCUGUUCCUUCCUGUAGUGCAUUGUGACAUGAUUAACAUCUGUCACCUGUGAUUCUUUCAUGUCUGCAACCCCCUUAUGCAGAUUUGUGAAGGUCAACCCAGCAUUGCUCAUGAGGGAUGGGAGGGCAGAAGGAGCAAUCUCUGUGUGGAACAAAGAGGAGAGAGGGAAUGAAAAGGAACUUUCUUUAUUCUGUCCCCUACAAGAAGGAAAAGUCCCUUCCAAGCUGAGCGGUAUAGAGAGAAGUGCAGCUUUCAUUUCUAGUUUCCCUCCCUAUUGGUGGGGAGUCUGGAGCUCAAUUGUUCAGCUCCCUAUUACAGAAGAGCCUCAUCUUUUCAUGUGGAAUUGUAAUUCAUACAUUUUAAAUCUGAUAUAAUUUAUCCAGUGAUAGUUUCUGUAUGAAACCAUCAGUGACCCAUGACUAGCUUUAGAAUGUAUGCCUUUGUUAGGGGACCUGAAUUAUUAUUCAGUGAUUGAUACUAUAAUGACCUAUUUGCUAGUCUCCUCUGGCCCGUUUUAAAUAAGCUGGCCUUGUGCAUCUGUGUCAAUCUUUAUCUCUUAUUUUGGUAUUAAUCUCUUCAAAUAAAAUUGUCAACUGAACAU